GAACCGACUUCAGUCACGACUUAAGCAGCGACAUGUUGGCCAGACUUUAUAUCACGCCCCUUCCUUGCUUACUCCUCAACAGCUAGGGUUUCGAACUUGCAGCGAGAGAGAGAGAGGGAGAAAUGUCGAAAAAGAACAACUUGGCGAAGCGGAAGAAACAGCACGAAUUCGACCUCAAAAGAGAAAAGGAAGAAAGGGAGAAGAAAGAGAAGAAGCUGCAAGCUAAAAAGAACAAUAUGAAGGUAGAUGGUUCUGCCAUGAAAAGGAGGAACAAAGGAAGGUUUCGAGUUGGGAAGGUGAAAACCAAAUUAUCCAACUUGGCCAAGGCUAAAGCAGCCCAAGCCAUGGAACUUGACAAAUAGGCAACCAUUUGAAUGUAGAGGCUUGAUUACAUGAGCAGAUGCCAGCAAUUUGAACCAUGUAUCAUGCGAGUUUAGCUAGAAGUUGUAUGGUUCUUUUCACUGAACAACUGCAAAAUUAAAUCUUGCUAUGUUUCUUAGAGACUCGAGUGGUGUGUAAUUCACACGAAUUUGAAUUUUGAAUCCAAGUGUUUGGCUGGAUUGCCUUUAAAAGGCUUUUA